UUAACAUUUUUUUCACACUAUCUAUAUUUUUUCUCUAGUUAACCUUAUUUGUGUGCUUAUGCAAUGGCAGCUGAACCUCAAAGCUCCCCACUGGAAGGAUUUCCGGGUACACCUAAGAUCCAGGAGGUGAGACCCGAGUCUGGCUCCGAGAAUUUCGGGUUUUGCACCGAGUCUUGUCAUGUCCCGCCCGGUGACCCGAACCCUGGGAUAAGGAGAGUGAGUUUGAGGGCCGAGAUCGACACUUCACCGCCUUUCGGAUCAGUUAAGGAGGCUGUGACCCGGUUCGGUGGCAGCGGACCUUGGGUGCCAUUGUACAAGUUUGAUGAGGCAUAUAAUGGAAUUGAAGAGUUUGAUUUAAAGAAAGUGGAAGAGCAAGCAGCAGAAUUGGAGAAAGAUCUGAUUGUGAAAGAAUUGGAGACCCUUGAUGUGCUUGAAGAACUGGGAACCACAAAGAAGAUUGUUGAAGAAUUAAAGAGACAGCUGCAACAUGAAGCCAUGAAAUGCAUGACCAGUACCGGUCCGGAUUUGGAUGCCGUCAAAGAAAUGAACGAGGAACAUUGUGAGCAGACGAGAAUAGGGUCUUCAAAACCGGGCUCGGUUUCGUCUCCGGAAUCGAUCUUGAUAGAGUUGAAUCAAGCUAAAUUGAACCUUGGUAAAACUAUCAAUGAUCUUGGGGUGAUCCAAGCAUCGGUUGAGUGUCUUAAUAAGAAGAUGAAGAGAGAGAAGAGUUUACUCGAAAGGACCCGUGAGAAGCUAAAUUAUAAGUUUGCAGGGUUGGCAUUGAAGCCUAGCAAUGGCAAUUUUGAGCAAUCAUCAAACAUUUCAAGUGGUACACGUCACAAUAAUCCCAAGCCUGAGCAGUUCAAGCAAACGGUUGAUCCUAGAAGAAGUGAAGUUCCGAAAUUGAUGUCGUUUCCGGGGAAUGAACAUAGAAAGCCUUGUAUUAGAACAGCUGAAAUGAGGUGGAUUGCAGCUAAGAAGAUGGAGGAAGCUGCCAUGGCAGCAAAGGCCCUUGCUGUUUUCGAAAUGAAGGGUUUGUCGAGCGACGACAACUCUUCCGGCUUUUGCUUGCCAGAACCAGAGCCGUCGCCUCGAAGCCCGAAUGUAAAAUUUGCUGAAGCAAAUGUCUCCAAGCAUUCAAUCCUGAGGAAACUGGAGGAAGCUUCAGAGGAAGUUAAACAUAGUAAAGAGGCAUUGGAAGAUGCUCUUAAUAGAGUGGAAACUGCAAACAGGAUGCAAUUCGAUGCCGAAGAGGCUCUCAGGAGAUGGAUUCCGGAUCAAGAACAGAGGAAACAUGUUGUUUACAAUGCUACUAAGAUCAACAAUUUCCCACUCCCUCAUCCUCAUCAACACCAGCAUCAGAAGAUCACUCGAUCUCCGUUACAUGACCUGAACAAGCAAAAUCCAACGAUGGAUGAUGAACAAAAUCCCGUCUCGAGGCCACCGGUUUCGAUGGCGGAUAUCCUCAGCAGGAAACAAGUUCCUGCUAAAGGUCCAACCGAAAGGCAAAAGGUAGCUUUGAUCCAAAUGCCUCAUGAACUAAGGGAAGAUCAUCGUCUGACAUUUUCUCCAAAACCUGAUCAAAAAGAUCACCAAAAGCAGUAUUUGAGCCAGAGAAGAAAGUUCGGUUUGAUCCACAUCUCUCUUCUGCAAAAGCAAAACAAGAAGAAACCGCAAGCUUUGAACACAAUGUGAUAACAAUUUGGAUACAUGGUACUCUAUUCAUGACAUGUUCUAUUCAGUUUGAUUCAUUUGUU